CAUUAUUUGUUGGUUUUUUGUUACUGGUUUUUGAGUUUUUAUGUUUUAGUUUUUCUAGAAAAAUAAUAUAAUGCAUGUGUAAAUUCCAGUUAAAGAGCGUUUAAGUUUAAUUCAGAGAGCAGCAGGAUCCGGGUGAAACAACGAAAGUCUAUCGAGGCAUGAGCAGAGGAAUCGGGAGCAAAGAAUACGAGAAUGUAGCUAACUGGGGACUUUCUCGAAAAUUCUCGUAGCACCGACAAGUAAAUCAGUUAAAAAACACACAGGAGCUGGGCGCGGGAUCCAGAAAAAUGGCAGCCGGUAGGGAGCUGUUUUGCUGGGGGAGCACAUCCCAUGGACAAUUGGGUCUCGGCGGGAUUGAGGACGAGCAGAUCCUGACACCCAGUCAGAUUCCCUGGACACCGGACUCCGCCGUACUGCAGGUGGCCUGUGGACACCGGCACACUCUCUUCCUGACGGCAAAUGGAAAAGUUUAUGCCUGCGGGAGCAACGACCACUCGCAACUGGGACACGAACUGCCCACCAAAAGGCCACGUAUGUCGCCAUUUCUGCUCAUUCCCGAACUGCAGGACUAUGUGGUCAUCCAGAUUGCUUGCGGCAGCCGCCAUUCGUUGGCCCUUUCCGAUUGGGGCCAGGUUUUGAGCUGGGGCGACAACGAUUGCGGCCAGCUGGGCCACGGCACCGAUCAGGAUAUAGUCCAGUUGCCCAAGGUGGUCCGACAACUUGUGUCUAAGACAGUAGUCCAGAUCGCCUGUGGCAACAACCACAGCCUGGCGCUGACCAGUUGUGGCGAGCUGUAUUCAUGGGGCUCCAACAUCUACGGACAGCUGGGUGUAAACUCCCCUAAGGAGCUGACGCACUGCAAUCAUCCCCUCCGGCUGACCACGCUGCUAGGAAUACCACUGGCCGCGAUUGCCUGUGGGGGCAAUCACUCGUUCCUCAUCUCCAAGUCCAGUGCAGUGUUCGGUUGGGGCAGGAACAACUGUGGGCAGCUGGGCCUAAAUGACGAAACGAGCCGUGCCUAUCCCACGCAGCUGAAAACGCUGCGCACACUGGGAGUUCGAUUUGUGGCCUGCGGCGAUGAGUUUUCCGUUUUCCUCACCAACGAGGGGGGAGUGUUCACCUGUGGAGCUGGCGCAUAUGGCCAAUUGGGUCACGGCUUCGGGUCGAAUGAGAUGCUGCCAAGAAUGGUGAUGGAGCUAAUGGGCAGCACCAUCACUCAGGUGGCCUGCGGCAAUCGCCAUACUCUGGCCUUGGUUCCAUCGCGAGGCAGGGUCUACGCCUUCGGUUUGGGCAGCUCCGGGCAGUUGGGCACGAGGAGUACUAAGAGUUUGAUGCUGCCACAGGUGGUUAUUGGUCCUUGGGUGUCACCUAGUGGAUCAGCCCUUCUGCAGUCCAACGAUGCAAAAGUCUCAGUGGUAAUACAACAGGUUUUCUCAGGUGGGGACCAGUCAAUUGUGACAACGACUUUGUUUAUGGACAAGGUACCGCCCGAGGAUUUUAGGAACUACAAGCCCAAAUCCCAGAUCCUGGCUUUAACGGCAGAGGUUACGAAGCAAUGUGCUCAUUUUAAGCAAAGUGAUCAAAGCGACAUGGAUCUCCUGAGCUCCAUCGAGCUAAUCUUCAAGAGUCAGGCCUGUUUGAAUGGCUCCUUCUUGCUAGAUCACGACAGACACUUUGGCUGCUCUGUGCGGAACUAUGGAUUGGAUCUCAGGGCUGCCCAAUUGGCAUUUGACAAUCUGCGCGUUGUGGAAAAUGAAAGCAUUAAGCAGGUGAUUUGGGACAAUAUCACCAAAGAGUUAGUUGGGUCGUUGGUAUCCUCGCCGGCGGAUGUGGAGAGCAUGCGUUUAUACCUUCUUCUGCCGCUUUAUCAUGAGUUUGUAAACUCCAAGCACUAUAAGUCACUGCAGGUUCCGUUCGCUAAUGCCAUAUUCAAGCUGACAGAAAAUCCGCGCAAGGUACUAAUAAAGUGGCUGGCUCAAACGCCAUCGGAAUACUUUGAGCAUCUUGUCCAGAACUUUCUGCAUGUCGUGGUGCACAUUAUAAGCUUCAAAAUGGGUUUGGCAGCCGUCAAUCCCAGUGCCGAAAGACGUCAGAGGCUGCUGCCAUACAACACUGAGCUGGAGGUGAUCCUAAAGUUGAUGCAGACCCUCUGCAUGAUCAACAACCUACGCGAUGAUCGACUUACCUACCAAAGCUUCUACUGGCCUGAUCUCGCGGAUUAUGCGGAUGUGCAGCAGGAGUACGUAAAGUGGAUCAUGGCCGAUACUGCCCACGAGUUCAACAUUUGCAACUUUUCAUUCCUCUUCGAUCCAUCUGCCAAGACGGCGCUGCUCCAGGCGGAUCAGGCUCUGCAGAUGCAUUCAGCCAUGGCUCACGCAGCAACUAAUGCAUUUUUAAAUCUUCUCAACGGAAUGCCCGUCUCCCAUUUCAUUGUGCUAAACGUGACACGAGAAAAUCUAGUGCAGGAUUCCCUCCGAGAGUUGCAGCGCUACUCGCAGAGUGAUCUCAAAAAGCCGCUAAAAAUCAAGUUCCAAGGCGAGGAAGCGGAAGAUGCAGGUGGCGUGCGCAAAGAGUUCUUCAUGCUGCUUCUGAAGGAUCUACUCGAUCCUAAGUACGGCAUGUUCAAGGAGUUCGAGGAGUCACGCCUCCUCUGGUUUACAGAUCACAGCUUCGAGACGGAGAACAUGUACUUCCUGAUUGGCGUGCUAUGUGGUCUAGCCAUUUAUAACUUUACAAUCAUCAAUCUGCCAUUUCCGCUGGCAUUGUAUAAAAAGUUAUUGAGCAAGCCAGUAGAUCUUAACGAUCUCCGCCAGCUAUCACCACCAGAGGCCAACUCCAUGCAGUCGCUGCUCGACUACCAGGGCGAGGACUUCAAGGAACUCUUUGAUCUGACCUUUGAGAUAACGCGAGACGUUUUUGGCGAGUCGGAGUCCAAGUGCCUUAAGCCCAACGGCAACGAAAUAGCCGUAACGCUUGAAAACAAGCAAGAGUUUGUUGAUCUGUAUGUGGACUUUGUGUUCAACAAAUCCGUCGAGUUACAUUAUACUGCAUUUCACAAGGGCUUUAUGAAGGUGUGCUCUGGUCGGGUGAUUCACAUAUUUCAACCGGAGGAGCUGAUGGCUGUGGUGGUUGGAAAUGAGGAUUACGACUGGCAGGCACUGCAGGACAACUGCGAGUACCGGGAGGGAUAUACCUCGGGCGAUGAGACAAUCAAAUGGUUUUGGGAGGUUAUUCACGAUCUGUCCGAGGCAGAAAAGAAGAGUUUCUUGCUCUAUUUGACUGGCAGCGAUCGUAUACCCAUUCAGGGUAUGAAGGCCCUUAAACUUACCAUUCAACCUACCCCGGAUGAACGUUUCCUGCCCGUGGCUCACACCUGCUUCAAUAUGCUGGACCUGCCGCGUUAUAAGACAAAGGAGCGUCUCAAGUUCAAGCUACUGCAGGCCAUCCAGCAAACUCAGGGCUUUAGCCUGGUCUAGUUUUCCGCAGGGGAUCACGACCUCGGCUUCGUACACAAUGACUUUCAACUACAGGUAUUUUUCAAAGUUCUCUCAACUCUUUUCCGCAUUUUCGGUUUAAAGAAUGACUACUUUAAAAGAUGAACCGGACAUGGAACACACAUUUUUCAGCGAUCAAAUCAAAUAGUAAAAUGUUGUGUUAUGGCUUUAAACACUAGAUUAAUUAAAAAUACCACAUUGUUAUGAAAAGAAAGGAAGUGAAGGAAGAAAAAUAAAAUUGGUGAAUAUGUCUUAAGGCUAUUAUAA